CUGCAGAACCUAACCGACAGUAGCGGAAAUCUAAGUAAAAAACCAGUGUCUCGGACGCUAGAAUUCAAGUGAAACCAUCAAACUCUAAAUCCCCAACAACUGAGGGCUGAGGCACUGUCCCUUUCUCUCAACCACUCCAAUCCAUUAUCCAGAUUUGCCUUAUAAAUACCCUUGCAGUUCUUUCAUUCUCUUCAAUCAAAGCUUCAGGAACACACUUAAUAGCAGUCUAAAUUUUCUUCUGCAUAUCUUUGUCUUUAAUUUGCUUCAUUCAUAAGGCCAUUUGUUUUGUUGGAAAUCAUAUUUUCUUUUACAAUGGCUAAAAAUGUUGCUCAAUCUGCUAACUUGGCUUCACUUGACCAAAAGCUGGCCAUGGCAAAGCGCUGCUCUCAUGAGGGCGUAGCUGCUGGAGCCAAGGCAGCCAUUGUUGCUAGCAUGGCCACUGCCAUUCCAACUCUGGCCAGUGUAAGGAUGCUGCCUUGGGCAAGAACCAAUCUUAAUCACACAGCACAAGCUCUCAUAAUCUCCACAGGUUUUCAUCAUCAUCAUCCUCUUUUUACCAGUAUAUCAAGAUCUUCUUUUUGUAAUAAUUUCCUUUUGCUAAUUAAGUUUCGAUUAUAUUAUAGUGGCUGGAGCUGCUUAUUUUAUAGUUGCAGACAAGACCGUUUUGGCUACGGCACGGAAGAACUCCUUCAGGCAUGUCUCUAACAUGGAGGCAUGAAUUUGAGUUGAUAUGGCUUGCAAUCCAUAAUCAUUACUGUUCUCUUGGCUAAGAAAAGGGAUAUAAAGAAGGGGUGGGGGAGAGGGGAAUUUGUAUUCUAAGAAGCCAUUUCUUCCGGUUGUUGUAUAAUCCAUCGUCUAUAUAUAUAAAACAUUAAGUGGGUUUUAAUUUACAAGGUUCAGAGCUUUCUUCAGUAAGAAAAUUGAUUUCCAUCUAUCCAGUAAACCUGGACUGGAUGUAUUUACAAGUGAUAUUGACAAAAUUUAUAGAC